CGUUAUUUACUUAUCUCCAUGACUUAAAUCUUAAAAAAAAAAAAAAAAUCUUCACAGACUGAGGAAGUACAGCUAUACAGUUUGUUCCUUUCGGGUGCGUGAACCUCUGCUUGUCGAAGGUCACGCACAGGAGCCUAUAUAAAGCGGCUUCCACAAGCAGUGAGCAGACACAGCGUCCUCAGUGAGCCAAGUAGAGGUCCAGCCAUGAAGCUUGCGGCAAUCGCAUUAGUGUGUUUGGCAGCGGCCGUGGUUAUGCACGCCGAUCCCGAACCACACAAGUAUCACUACUACCCUUACCACUACUACCACCACUACCCUUACCAUAACUACUAUUCUCGGCAUCACUAUGUCAAGCUUCCAAGUGGCAGCACCUCCUCCGUCAGUACUCAAGUCCAUGGUGUCACUAAACGCUCAGCUGACCCCAUGCCGGAACCCAAUCCGGAACCAACAGCUGACCCUGAUCCAUCCAAUAGUUAUAGUUACCAGGUAGUCAACCAUGGUCAUCCCCAUUAUGGAUACCAUCAUGGAUAUCGCUACCCUUACAAUACCUACCGCUACAACCACUACUAUGGUUAUCCUCACCGAUACCACAGCCACCACAAGAGAUCAGUUGAAUCAGAAACCGAACCUGAACCUCAAUACAGCUAUCACGGUCGCCCUCACUACUACAACAGAUAUUAUCACGGUUACCCCCACUACUAUCCUUACUAUGCCGGUCACCGCUACCACAACUGGUGAUAGGGAAAAAAUAUUGACUGCGGCCUGCCUUGUGGCGAUGGUUCUUUGCUAGUUGUAUCUGAUAGUCUGGUUUGCUCACACCGGUUUUUCAGACACAAUUAGUGCAGUAAUCAGUGUUAGGGACCACAGAAAACUAAUGAACUAUCUUUGAAUAUCGGAAUUGUAGAUUCUUGUGUAAAGAAUAAAGACUACAGUAAUUUAA